UGAUAGUGAGCAAAGUUCAAUUUGUUUGUAUUUUCCGGUGUAGGUAGGUAUUUCGUAUAUUUCUACGAUUAUUUUUGUGAUAUAAUAGUAUUAAACUUAAAAUUCAGUAAUGGCUCGUAAUAUUCUGAAGCUUGGUGCCUUAGAUGCACACAAAACUGCCUUUCUACUUUGUGAUUUGCAAGAAACAUUUAGACCGCACAUAAAACACUUUGGAGAAAUUGUAAAAGUAGCAAACAAAAUGAUUGAGGCAGCCAAGGCAUUCAACAUCCCUUUAUAUGUGUCUGAACAAUAUCCUAAAGGGCUUGGUCACACAAUUAAAGAGAUUGACAUCAAAGAUGCGAAACUGGUGUAUCCAAAAACCAAGUUUUCCAUGUUCACUCCAGAACUGCAAGAGAAACUGAAAGCUGACUUACCUGACCUAAAGUCUGUUGUUCUCUUUGGCAUUGAGGCUCAUGUGUGCAUUGAGCAAACCGUAAUAGACUUCCUGAAUGAAGAUAUAACCGUACAUGUCUUGGCUGAUGGGGUCUCAUCCCGCUCACUCAUGGACCGCAGCUUGGCCUUGCAGCGCUUGCAGUCUUUAGGCUGCAUCCUCACAACCUCUGAGAAUGUCCUCUUCAAACUCCUAAGAGACAAGCAGCAUCCAUCUUUCAAAGCGAUUUCCAAACUCAUGAAAGAGCCAUCUAGUGAUCGCCUCAAUUCAAUCGGCUGUUUUGUGGGCACUUCUGAGAAUGUGUUAUUCAAGUUAUUAAGAGACAAGAACAAUCCAGUUUUCAAACCUAUCUCCAAACUAAAUAUGCAACCCACCCCUGACGAAUUCGGACAGGGAAAUUGUUAAAUAUUUUUUAAUGAAUGUACAAUAUUAUAAAUUCUGAUAGCUGCAAAGUUCAAUACCUCUUGGCAUAUUUUAUAUAUGUUAAUAAUAAUAUUGUGCAUAAUAAUAAUAAUUUUAUAUAAUUACAAGCCAGCUUGGCUAGCUCUAAAAUGCCGUAUUGUGAUAAUAUAAUAUAAUAUUGAUAUAACC